AAACCCAACUUGAUGUUUUUUUCAUGAUGUGUAACGCUGAGAGUGAAGCAGCUUGUGGUGUGGGCGGUGAGAGAAAGCUGAUAUGAGGUCUGCUGGUCUUUAAAACGUAUGGGACAGCAGACUGAGCUGAGAGACAAGGCGUCAACUCAGCAGCUUCCUGUGACACCAUGGCCUCCCGUCUGUCGCUCCUCCUGCUGCUCCUCUGCAGUGUGACUGCUACUCAUGCUCAGCUCAAGGUGUUCAACCUGAGGGCCAGCGACCUCCCCUCAAACCUGCUGGGUACCACUGACGGCUUUGUCAAGGUGUUCUGUAGCUCCGCCUCUCUGGGUAAAACGUCAGUUCGUAACAACAACCGAAACCCGUGGUGGGAGGAGGAGUUCUCCUACUUCAAGGCACAGGAGAACGACAUCCUGAGGCUCGAGCUUUUCGACUGGGACUUCCUGUUUGACGACCAGCUGGGAGUCUGUCAGAGAUCGGUGAAGGUGGGAACCCACCAGCAUGAUUGCUUCCUAAAGAGAGGUGGAACGCUCCAUUACUCCUACACCCUCCAAGGACAGUAGAGUCAUCAUGAUACCAGAUUUUUAAAACAAGUCAAAAUCUAAUGCUAUCGACACCUGUUUAAUUACUACGGCAACAAAAAUAAAGUACCAAAAAUGA